AUGCUGCUCUAUUUGAUCAUUCCUUUGGUUUUGGUUGCUGCUGCUUUCCUCUUCUUUAAUACUAAAAGUGGUUCCGGAACUGCUAGUGUCAACAAGAGUGAAUUGUUGAAGCCAACCACUGCUGGUAAGAAGAAGAAGAAUAAGUCAGAAAAGAAGGCUACUGUUACUGCUGCUUCCUCUGCCUCAGAAAAUGAAGAUGCUUCUGAACUUGAUUCCAUUGAUGUUGCUGAACUCUAUGGAUUGAACAAGAAGAAGGAAGUUGUUGUUGAACAAACUGAAUCAAAGAAGAAGGCUACUACUUCCAAGAAGGCCACUACUGAACAAAAGUCAUCCAAGAAGCAAAAGGAAGAAGAUCCAACCUUCCAAGUUGUCAAGAGACCUGAAUCAACUGGUCGUAAGAAGGAUGAAAAGAAGGCUGAACCAAAGGUUGAACAAAAGAAACAAAAGAAGGAUGAAAACAAGUCCAUCUUUAAAAAGUUUGUUGAUACCAAGAAGGAUGAAUCCGAUGAAGAACAAGAAACCAAGAAGAAGGUUGAAGCUAAACAAGCCGACAGUAACAGUGAAGGAUCUGAUUCCGAACAAGAAGUAGCAACUGCUCAACCAACAGUUAAUAAGGAAAAGAGACGUACUGUUGUCAGAGAUCCAUAUGCUAAUGAAGAUGAUUUCUGGAAUUCAAACACUAAGGAAGUACCUGUUGAAGUUGUUGAAACUAAACCAAAGAAGGGUACUGAAAAGUCAGCCUCAACUGCCAAGGUUUUCGUUAGUACAACAACAUCUUCAAGCAGUUCUGCAACUUGGAAUCAAAAGGAAGAAGGAAAGUCAGCUGAUGAAUCCAGUUUCCCAAAGGUUGGUGCCAAGAAGAUCAAGACCAAAUAA